CUCGUCCUCCUCAGCCUUCUGUAGGCUCUUCCACCUCACUCCAGCCGUCCUCAUCCUGCUGAGCCUCUUCAGCCUCCUCCAGUCCGCCUCAGCUGAGGACCUUCUCCAAACCUCUUCCAAACUUCUUCCAAUCCUCUCAUCCUCCUUCUAACCUCCAUCCUCCCUGCAGCCUCCUCAGCCUCCUCCAACCCUCCCUGACCUUCUUCAUUCACUUUCCAACCUCCUUCCAAACUCCCUCCUAUCUCCUUUCCCAAUUUCCAACCUGCUCCCAGUCUUCUCCAGCUUCCUCAUUCUCUAGCCGACCUCCUCUCCCACCUCCCGAACACUUUCCCUGCUCUCUCGCCUCUUUCCCGCUUUCCUCUCUCCUCCCGGCCCGAUGUCGGUCUCCAUUCCCCGGCAGCCGCUCCGGAGCAGCUCGGCCGUGCCGGGACGCUCCUUCUCGUCCCGCUCCUUCACGGCCGGCCCGGUGCUGCGGAUGAGCACGGCCCCGGCCUUCGGUCCUUACGGGGGGCUCCGUGGCGGCUCCGGCGGGCUCGCGGGUCCCUCGUGGGUGCCGGGGACGGGCGGGGGGAUCACGGCCGUCACCAUCAACCGGAGCCUCCUGGCGCCGCUGGACGUGGCCGUGGAUCCCGAGCUGCAGGAGCUGCGCCGGGAGGAGAAGGAGCAGAUCAAGACCCUCAACGAUAAAUUCGCCGCCUUCAUCGACAAGGUGCGGUUCCUCGAGCAGCAGAACAAACUCCUGGAGACCAAGUGGGGGCUCCUGCGGGCGCAGCCGCCCCCCCGCAGCAGCCUGGGGGGGCUCCUCGAGGGCUACGCAGGGACCCUGCGGCGCCAGCUCGAGGGACUCGGGCAGGAGCGGCAGCGGCUGCGCGCAGAGCUCGGCCACGUCCGGGAGCUCGUCGAGGAGUUCAAGGCCAAGUAUGAGGAGGAGAUCAACCACCGCACAGAGAAGGAGAACGAGUUUGUUCUGCUCAAAAAGGACGUGGAUGAAGCCUACAUGUCCAAGGUGGAGCUGGAAUCGCGCCUGGAGAGCCUCACGGACGAGAUAAACUUCCUGCGGCAGCUCUACGAGGAGGAACUGCAGGAGCUGCGGGCGCAGGUGUCGGACACAGCCGUGGUGGUGUCCAUGGACAACAGCCGCCAGCUGGACAUGGCCGGGGUGCUGGCGGACGUGCGGGCGCAGUACGAGGACAUCGCUGGCCGCAGCCGUGCUGAGGCCGAAGGCCUCUACCAGAUCAAGUACGAGGAGCUGAAGACAGCGGCUGGGAAGCAGGGAGACGACCUGCGCCAGACCCGCAGCCAGAUCCAGGAGCUGAACCGGCGGAUCCAGCGGAUCCAGGCAGAGAUUGAGGCUCUGAAAAAUCAGCGCUCUGGGCUGGAGGCGGCGGUGGCAGAGGCCGAGGAGCGUGGGGAGCUGGCACUGAGAGAUGCCCGAGACAAGCUGGGGGGGCUGGAGGGGGCCCUGGCCCAGGCCAAGCAGGACCUGGCCCGGCAGCUCCGGGAGUACCAGGAGCUCAUGAACGUCAAGCUGGCCCUGGACAUCGAGAUUGCGACCUACAGGAAACUGCUGGAGGGAGAGGAGAGCAGGCUGGAGGCUGCUGUGCAGAACCUGAGCAUCCACACCAAGACUUCGGGGUACCUGGGUGGAUUUGGGGGAGGUUUCGGGGGGGGUUUUGGGGGAGCGUUUGGGGGGGCCGUGGUUAGCUCAGGAUACUCAGUGCCCCCCCCGCCUCCUGAGGGCAUGGCCCCCCCCAAAUCCCGCGCCAUCGUCAUCAAGAAGAUCGAGACCCGCGAUGGGAAACUCGUGUCCGAGUCCUCCGACGUCCUGGAAAGCUCUCCGGCCUCAGCCCUUUGCUCAGAAUUUUGGGGACCCUUCACCAUGUCUCGCCAGUCCCGUGCUCUUGGCAAGGGGUUCAGCUCCAGCUCUGUGUGUUUCGGGGGCAAGAACAAGGUCACCUUCGGCUCUGCGCACCGCGGAGGAUGCCGGGGGUCUGGCAGCGCCGGUGGCUUCAGCAGCAGGAGCCUCUAUUCCCUGGGGGGCAAUAAAAGCACCUCCCUGGGAGGAUUUGGGGGGGCUGGUGGUGCCUGCAGAGGCUUUGGUGGCCAAGGAGGCUUCGGCUUUGGGGCUGGAGCAGGAUUUGGGAGUGGCUAUGGUGCAGGGUGCUUUGGCGGAGGCCUUGGCAGUGGCUUUGGUGGCUUCGGUGGAGGAUUUGAUGGUGGAAUAGGGGGCCAGAGCUUCCCCCCGUGCCCCCCGGGUGGCAUCAGGGAGGUGACCAUCAACCAGAGCCUGCUGGCCCCCCUCAAUCUGGAGAUUGACCCCGAGAUCCAGAAGGUUCGGACACAGGAGCGGGAGGAGAUCAAGAAACUCAAUGACAAAUUUGCAUCCUUCAUUGACAAGGUCCGGUUCCUGGAGCAGCAGAACCGAGUCCUGGAGACCAAGUGGGAGCUGCUGCAGCAGCAGGCUGGUCCAGGAAUAGGGGCCAGAAACCUGGAUGCUUUAUUUGAGACCUACAUCAGUGGGCUGAGGAAGCAGUUGGAUAGUCUCUCCAGUGAGAAGCUGCAGCUGGAGACAGAGCUGAAGAGCUCUCAGGACAUGGUGGAGGACUUCAAGACAAAGUACGAGGAGGAGAUAAACAAAAGGACAGCAGCUGAGAACGAAUUUGUGCUCCUGAAGAAGGAUGUGGAUGGAGUCUACAUGACCAAGGUGGAACUCCAGGGAAAACUGGAUUCUCUGUCGGAUGAGAUCAACUUCCUCAAGUAUCUUUACGAGGCAGAGCUGUCCCAGAUGCAGAAGACUGUGUCUGACACGUCGGUGGUGCUGUCCAUGGACAACAACCGGAACCUGGACCUGGACAGCAUCAUCGCCGAGGUGAAGGCGCAGUACGAGGAGAUCGCCAACCGCAGCCGGCUGGAGGCUGAGUCCUGGUACCGGUGCAAGUACGAGGAGCUGCAGGCAACCGCGGGCAAGCACGGGGACAGCCUCAAGGACACCAAGAUCGAGAUCUCAGAGCUCAACCGCAUGAUCCAGAGGAUACGGGCUGAGAUCGACAGUGUGAAGAAGCAGUGUGAGACCAUUCAGACGUCAAUUGCGGAUGCAGAGCAGCGCGGGGAGGUGGCUCUCAAGGAUGCCAGGGACAAACUGGCCGAGCUGGAGACAGCUCUGCAAAAAGCCAAGGCUGACAUGGCCAGACAGCUCCGGGAAUACCAGGAGCUCAUGAACGUCAAACUAGCCCUGGAUGUGGAGAUUGCGACCUACAGGAAGCUGUUGGAGGGUGAGGAGUGCAGGUGA